UCAAUGUUUUAUUAUCCACCUAGAAAGGUGUGUUGUUUAUCAUUUGCGUUUGCAUUUCCAGAGAAAAGUUAUUCUUUCUUCCCGAAGUGUCAGUUCCUGAGUUGGGCAAAUAUGAUGAAUGUAGUUCUUUAGUGCGAUAAAGCAACGGGCGCGGCUGACACCGGAAAGAUGGAGUUCAAAUACGCCAGCUGGAUCGUGCUCAGUGUGGGUGUUUCCAUUAACAUUUUCGGCCUGUUUUGGUUCGUCGCAAUCCUGAUUGGUCUCGUCGGAUUUGUGGUCGGGUUUCUGACCAUCCUGUACCUUCAACAUGGUGAUUUGGACAAGUUUCUCGACAGUGGUCUUCUGGAAAAUCCACUCGAUGAACCGCGAAUUUUAGGGCUCAGCAUUGUAUGCGAUCAAAAGCCCAGUAAUAUGCUAAUAAUCUCACCCAACAUAAAAGUACAGACUGAAUCCAGGAGGUCGAAGCUGCACGCUUCCGCAUCCUUGGAUCAGAACAAACGGCGCAAUCUGCUCGAUGCCGGUAUUGAGCUACUUUUCAAGAAACGCACAAACGAAAGCUCCGGCAGUGGGGGCCGUGCUGGAUCCGGAACAACCGGUGCGGGCGGUGGCACUCUUUUGGGCAAAUCGAGUACUGGUUCGAUCACGGAUCAUCUCAUGCAUAAGGGACAUUUGCACUUCCAUCAAAAGGAUAAUACUAUUUUAGAUAACACGCUAGGGCCACCGAAGGCGGCCUCCGGCACCGGACAGCAAGGCAAGCAACCGUCGCCGAUGAGUGAGGAGCGUCCGGGAAUGAGCCGAUGGAGACCGUUCGAAAAUAUUAAAAUACACACGGACAAGGGAAGAUCGACUGCGCACCACAGCAGCGAAUGGACUGCAGAUAAACCGCACAACAAGAAAGAAUCCGGUGCUUUCCAGAUAGGGGAAGAGGUAACCGCGAGCACCAUGGCAUCCUCACCCCUGGCUACAUUCAAAUCGUACAUCACCCAUCCGGAAGUCCUCCUGCACAGAGACUCCCCUCCUGGCUCGCCGAAGAAAAAGAAAAUCCUCAGCGGCCAUAAGGGCGUUGACAAGCUUAUUCACAGCAUCGUGGACUACGUCAUACGGGACUUCAUCGAGUCGUGGUACGCGGUCGUCUCGGAUAGCCGCGAGUUCAGCGAUACCAACAUCCGUGGCAGUAUCGAAACUCUCGUGCUCAAGGUUUGCCAGCGGAUCAAAUCGGCUGAGCUGCUUCCACUUAUGACCACCAAAGUGAUAGAUGACUUAGCACGCCACACUCGAUUCUACCGACUGGCCACGCAAGACGUGAGCAACAACACAAAGGCUCCCAGUGGGGCCGAUUUGAAGAGGCUUAAGAUCCACGAGAAGCUUUCCCCACAGAAGAAAAAUCAGCGAGGGAACGGCCAUCGGCGAAACAAAAGCGAGACGGAUCUGACGUGGCACUUGGGAAACGCUGCCCUUCAGAAAAAUGUUGCCAAUUCGAAAUUCUAUGGUGGAAAGGCGGAUGAGCAAUCGCUGAUCGAUCCGGAGAUUAUGUUGCUGAAUUCAUUCUUUGGCUUCAGCGACGUGUAUAAACAGGAAUGCAUGGACGAGGAAGCGAUGCUCGCGUACUUCAAACGUAUCGCCGAAACAGUAUUAUAUUUCACCUUACCGGAGGAAGAUUUUAACUGCCUAACAUUGCGCUCGCUCCUGUGCAACAUUCUGACGAAUAAUAUAAUUAAACCAAUGGUCAAUAUGCUAACCGAUCCUGACUUCAUUAAUCUGCAAAUCGCCAAACACUUUACCAAAGAACCUCCCAGCGGAGAAUUUCUGCUGAAAAUGAUUCGCCAGUCGAACGAUCUGUCCGAGUUGCGUGCCUGCCGGCAGCUUAUUACCAAAGAAAUGGACGCUAAACAUAAGGAUUCCAACUGCAGCUCGGAGCUGGCCAGUCUGAAGUAUGCCCAGAAGUUGAUCGAUUUGCGCAUCAGCCAUUUACAGAGUAACAAAAACGACCCUGGCCGGAGUGAGAAAGAUAAAACGACGUCCAAUCUGCCGUUGCUAAGUCUGGACGACAUCUUACGGAAGGAGCUUGCCGUUUCGUACUAUCUGGAUUAUCUCAGUGUAUUGAACUUGCAGAAAUAUGUGAUAUUUUACCUAACCGCACAGGAGUGGAAGAUUACAACAAGUCAGAGUUACUCGGAGAUGCAAGUCAACAAAUCGAGGAUAGAACGUGAAGAGUUGAUGCGUAUAAUAAGAGACAAAGCGAACCAUCUUUAUCAAGAGUAUUUGGUUCCCAAAUCGACGAACUGUCUGAGCAUCGAUCCCGGUCUAAUCGAGGCACUCGCCAUACGCGUCCGAGAUACGUCUAUCCAGCCGGAGAACACAUGGUUUGACUCGAUCUGCAAAUAUGUAUACGAGAAGCAGAAGAACGAGGAAGUCUUCCUGAACAAUUUCUACCAAAGUUCGGCCUACAAGCAGCUGCUACGGGAGCUGGACUUCAGCAACACCCAGGAGAGUGAGUUGCCAUCGUUGGAACAUUUGGGAAUUUCCAGCCAAGUUGAUAGCUUGAGUGAUACCAACUCGGGGGAUGUGCGAUUCGACGAAACGGAUGACGAUGACAUGGGAACCGCGCCGUCAAGCGAUUUAUUUCACAGUAACAUCAAAGAAGAAUACGAUGUGAGAACCGUUGGUACGGCUCAAGCAUCUACCAAGCGGAUGGCGAUUGCAGAUGUCAAUCUUCUUCCAGCGGUAGCGAAUGUAAAGCAUGCCCGUUCCCAUAGCGACUGCACGGGGAUGUUCACAACCAUUAACGAUAUUAACGCAGAGCAGCUGAAAUCUUCCGACUGCUCUAGUAGUAAUGACUCGGGCAAUGAGCUCGCUAUGCCGUGUAGCAUAGUAUCUCCUGCGACUUUAUCAACCAAUGAGACAUCAACCCAGCAACCACCGGUUGAAAUACAUAUAGAGAACCGUGCAGAGGAAACAUUAGCACUAAAGCAGAAACUAUCCGCCAAAAUCAUCAACACAGCGAUCCACUGUGAGGGUCACUAUGCGGUCUAUGCGAUUCAGGUGGGGAUCAUCGAGGACAACGAGCACAAGAGUUGGCACAUCUAUCGGCGCUAUUCAAAGUUUUUGGAGUUGAAGAAACUGUUGGUGAAAAGGUUUCCCGCUCUGUCGAAAGUGCCCUUCCCGGCGAAGAAAACCUUCCAGAAUACGCAACGAGCAGUUUUGGAACAUCGAAUGGAGAUCCUGAAUCUAUUCUUGCAAGAGAUAUGUGUCAAAGCGGAGCAAAAUGAUGAAAUGCGUGCCAUCGUGAGGAAUUUCCUGGAACCGGAUACGGACGAUCGAAAAAUGCAUGGUGGAGCUGUGGUGAAAACGAUUGAAAGCUUCAAAUCGGGCAUGAGUAAAAUAAGAAACAUGCCGGACACGCUGGUUGGCGGCAUUUCGCGUAUGUUCCUCGGUAAAGGACCGUUGAAGGAACGAACUUUCUACGACAUACAAGACAUUCCCACCCUGGAGUUGAAACAGUCGGAGUACCCGGCACUGGCAUCGGCCCUGAACCUACUCGAUGAAGUGUUUGAUCUGCAGAACAAGUCCCAAUGGUUGAGAAGAGGUUUGAUCAAUCGAUUGCUGGGAGCUCCGUGGGUUAGCCACGCGACAAAUAAGAAGAUAGUACAACUCGCUAGCUCGCUACUGUCGGCGGAUAAGGUGGAAACAGUCCUGUCGGCCGUUCUGAACAACGUUUGGCCGGAGGGCGACCGGUUCAAUCCCAAUCCACCUCUACGCGAGGACAGCACCAAACUACGCACCAAGCUGGCCGCCAAGAUCGCCCUGUUCGCACUGCUGUCCGACGAUCUGAAGCACGUGGUCGGAUCGGUAACGUGCAACACCGGACUGUUGAACUUCUUUCAGAUGCUACAAAACAAAAAGCUUAACACCCGUCUCCUGCUCAUACUCAUAGAUCAUCUGCUGAGGGUGAUGUUCCAAACCGACAGUAUGACCAAACACGUGAUGGUGGCCAGCGGGGAGGACGGUUCCACGAUACGUAUCGGGACACCGUCCGGUUCGGCCGCUGGGUCCCGGAAAUCGUCCAAACAUUAUUAGAAGAACAGGUAAGUGAUUAGCUUAGAAAUGUUGCGAGACUGCGAAACUAAGCAAAUAAAAACGUAUCGAAGCAUUCCGCCAUGCCGAAUUAGGAGAAACACAAUUCGCUGAUUGAAUUAUUACUCUAGUAGAAAAACAUAAUUAGAACUUAAUUUGAAUAUUACAUUGUGCAUAGAUGUAUUCCCAUGAUAUUAGCUUUUUUACUCAUUGUUGAGUUAUUUUCCAUUUCUCGAAUUAUUGCAUUUUAUUUUUGUGUGCAAUUGGCUGAAUUAGAUCAUAAGAGAUGUUUCGAUGUCUGUUUUAGAAUUGUAUGGCGUUAUUUUUUCCGAUUAUGGAUUUAAUUCUGUUGGUAAAGCGUUAGUGAAUUUUACUUAUUCAUCAUGUACAAUUUU